AUGUCUAUGGAUCUAGACGACGCCCCCGUGUCCAUCGGGGCCCAAGAACACCAGGUUGGCGCAACUAUUCUUUGCUGCAACUGCGGUGCCCCGAUCGACGGAACGACUUCUGCCGGUGCCCUCUGCUACGACUGCGUUAAGCUUACCAUCGACAUCUCCCAGGGCGUCCAGCGCGAGGCUGUCAUCAACUUUUGCCGAGACUGCGACCGAUGGCUGCUGCCCCCCUCCAGCUGGGUCGUGGCCCCUCCCGAGUCACGCGAACUCCUGGCCCUGUGCCUCAAGAAGCUGCGUGGCCUGAAUAAGGUCCGCAUCGUCGACGCCAGCUUUGUGUGGACGGAGCCUCACUCGCGAAGAAUAAAGGUCAAGCUCACCAUCCAGGAUGAGGUGAACGAAGGUGUCUUGCUGCAGCAGAGCUUCGAGGUCCUCUAUGUUGUCGCCACACAGCAGUGCCCUGAAUGCGCCAAGUCGUAUACCGCCAACGUCUGGCGUGCGUGCGUCCAGGUCCGCCAAAAGGUCCUCCACAAGCGCACAUUCCUCUUCCUCGAGCAGCUGAUCAUGAAGCACGGCGCUCACCGCGAUACGCUCAACAUUCGAGAAGCCAAGGAUGGCAUCGAUUUCUUCUUCUCGCAAAAGAACCAAGCCGAAAAGUUCAUCGACUUUCUCAACUCCGUAGUCCCCGUUACAGUCAAGACGUCGCAGGAGCUCAUUUCGCACGACACACACACCUCGAAAACAUCAUACAAGUUCACAUUUUCCGCCGAGCUGGUACCGAUAUGUAAAGACGACUUGGUCGCCAUGCCCAUCAGAUUAGCCAAGCAGAGUGGCAACAUUACUCCUCUGGUGCUCUGCCACAAGAUUGGUACUGCCAUCUACCUCAUGGACCCUCAGACCCUGCAGACUGCAGACAUUAGCUGCCCCAUUUACUGGCGAGCGCCAUUCUCGUCCCUGGCCGACUCCUCGCAGCUGGUGGAGUUUAUUGUCAUGGACGUUGAGCUGACGGGCAAGACCAACGGCAAGUGGCGUCUUGGUGAGGUGACUGUUGCUCGCGCUGUUGAUCUUGGCUCCAAUGACACAACAUAUUUCACAAGAACGCAUCUUGGCGGUCUGUUACAGGCCGGCGAUAGUGUCAUGGGAUAUCUGCUGAACGGGUCCAACUUCAACAACGGCGAUUGGGAGGCCAUGGAGGCAUCAAACGUGUACUCGUCCAUGCUGCCCGAUGUUGUGCUCGUCAAGAAGCACUACCCCAGCCGCAAGAAGAACAAGAAGCGCAGCUGGAAGCUCCGCCGCAUGAACAAGGACGAGGGUGAGCUGCUUCCCAAGAAGUCCGACCAGGAGCGCAUGGAUCGUGAAUACGAGCAGUUCUUGCGCGAUGUUGAGGAGGACGAGGACCUCCGUGCUGCUAUGGCUCUGUACAAGAGCGAGAAGCAGCGCGAAGAGGAAGAAAUGAGCAUGGCUGAGACUGACGACGGCGAAGAUGACUCGCCGCAGGUCGACAUGGGAGAACUGUUGGAUGACUUUGAUGAGCUCACUGUGAAGGACCCAUAG